AUGAUUAAGUGUUUAAAAAUCCAAGCUUUUAAAAUAACUAACCGCGCUAUGUUGUCCAAAAAUUUGAAUAUAAUCCAUGGAGUAAGUUUAACACAGAAUAAUCGCUAUGCUAAAAACAUACAAUUUAGUAUUAACGAUACGGAACUAGAUAAUCUUGGAUCUGAACAAUUGGAUAACUUAUUAACAGAUACUUCUUCCAGAUUCUUUGAAACCCACAAAUUAGAUGUAAACAUUCCCAGACUGCUAGAAGAAGGUAGAAAAAAGAAUAAAGGAGAAGGAAAUGGGGCAUUGUAUUGGGCACUCGCUAUUAAAGGCAGCUUCCUUGCAAUGGCAUAUAAAGGCAUCGCUGUCAUGGCUGGUCUUGCCUUAAUUAUGGGGAAAAUGGCUCUGCUUUUGAGUGCCAUUCUUGGCUUGAAGAAACUGAUAAAUAGUGGACACGAAUCGACUACAUUUGAAAUCAUUAAACAGCCAAAAUACACAGAACAACACACGCAUUCAACUUCUUAUGAAGAUGAUGGCCAUCAUCACAGGUCUUAUUCCGAUAUACAUACUUACCCUUCGAAGCGAAUUUAUAAAACCUAUAUUUAA